AUGCGGUUACUGGAGCAUCAAGCGACGAUCGAUGCGCAGGUUCGCCCCGGCGGAGUCCUGAGUCGGCGUCGGUGGUUCUUCACCUCUUUUACCCCCCAUGACUUCACCUUCGCGGCUACGGUCGUGUGUCUUGAGCUGCAUGUCCGGUGGCGGGAGGGGCGAGACUCUGAACAAAGACAAAAUCCAGGGUCGGGGAAGGAGGAGUCGUUGCUUGCGCUGCGGACUUCGCAGGGUAUCUUGGGUCAGUAUAAGGAGGAGUCUGUGGAGGCUAGGCAGGCUUGGCAGUCGAUUAGUGUCAUGUUACAAAAGGUGGGGUUUCAGCUUUUGGGAACUGGUCUUCGAGUCCAGAAUGUGCAGAGGGUUGGGAACUAG